AUGAUCCAAUCAAUAGAUAUAUUCAACAGCAGAAGUUAGAGUGGAAAUUUUGGAAUGUAAAAUCAUGAAUUUUUAGCAUUCCUCAAGGCUAAGGUCCAAAUAAAGGGAAAGGAUCUCUCAGAUAAUGAUAAAAAUAUAGUUUUAAACUAGAUAAAGGAUUGUAAGAGCCUCAAAAGUGAAUUAAUAAGAGUUGUCUGCCAUUUAUUUGCUAAAAAUGACAUCGAUUACCAGAUAUUUCCAUAGUUUUGGGAUAAAAUAUAGGAUUAAUUUCAAAAGGAAUAAGGUUUAAUAGAAGAUAAUUUGAAGCAUGACUUACUUUUAAUCUUCGAGAAAGUUCGAUUGGAAAGUGAACAGUUAGCAAAUUUAUCUACAGAAUUCUAUAAAAGCCAGAUUAAAAAUUUCUCAAUUUAGGAGUUAAUCUUCUUGAGAAAUCAAUAUCAAUCUAAAAGGCCAGAGUAAUUAGGAAUGAUAAAUAUAUUUGAGAAGAGAGCUAGUAUUCUGAUGUUUUACUUCUCUUUUAAAGAACCAGUUAGAAUGGAUUACCUUAAGAAAGUCAGAUACCCGAACACUUCAUUAGCAAGUAAGUUUGUCCCUUAAUUUAGAAGAAUUGCAAAAAUUGCUAAAGUUUGA